AACAAAUACUGUAAUAAAAUGGGGAUUUAAAAUGUACUACAACCCAGCAAGCGACAGACACCACAUUGUAAUAAAGAAAACUACAUAAUACCACUGGUGUAUCAGUGCCUGCUGUGACCAGAUUGAACCGGGCAGAACUGAUAACGUUUAAGAAAAUAAUAAUACUGGUAUAUUACAAAAGAGAAUGAGUCUAUAAUGUACUGCAUACGUUGUAUCAGAUAAUGUACCCAUUAAACCAGGGUGUUGUUUAUGUGCUAUAGCUGUUAGAUAGUAAAAGAUGUUACAGGGCACUAUGCCCUUCCACUGUAGUUAUUUAACUCUUGGGUGUCUCUUUGCAGUCUUGCAGAGCUCUGUCAGGCGCUGUUUUAAAUGCAGCGCUUGCUGGGUAACACUGAGCAGAGUCGCGACCCUUCCUCUCCUCCGCUCGGAGGCGCGCCGCGUUUGGUAUCGGAGGCUGACCCGGAAGCUCCUCCUGUGUGUUUCUCGCUUCCAAAUCGCCAGGUUUGUUGUUAAGAUGGCGCUGCGGCCGGGAGCUGGGGGAGGCGGCAGCUUCAUGUUCCCUGUUGCAGGGAGCCAUGGACCUUCACAAGGAAUGAUGCCAAUGCAGCAGCAGCAGCAGCAGCAGCCAGGCUAUCCCAUGGUGCAAGUGAUGCAGCCCAACAUGCAAAGCAUGAUGGGUUUGAACUUUGGCUCUCAGAUGCCGCCGGGCACCAUGCCAAUGCAGGGGGGAAUGCCGAUGGGACCCAUGCAGGCUGCUGGGAUGCAGUACAUGGGACAGCCUCAGUUCAUGGGAAUGACUGCCCCUGGUCCUCAGUACAUGCCGGACAUGCAGAAGCAACUCGCAGAGGAGCACCAGAAGCGCCUGGAACACCAGCAGAGGAUGCUGGAGGAGGACCGGAAGAGGAGGCAGUUUGAGGAGCAGAAACAGAAACUGCGACUCCUUAGCAGCGUCAAACCCAAGAUGGGGGAGAAGAGCCGAGACGACGCGCUGGAGGCCAUCAAAGGGAAUCUGGACGGGUUCAGCAGAGACGCGAAGAUGCAUCCGACUCCCGCCUCCCAUCCUAAGAAGCCAGACAUGCCACCAUCCCAUUCUACUGCCUCCUCCUCCUCCCUCCUUUCCCAACCCCCUGCUUUUCCUGAAGACGACGAUGAUGAUUUUAGUGACUUUAUGCAGGGGCCGGUUGAACCCAUGUCCUCUGUCACCUCCACCACCUCCUCCUCCUCUUUCCAGCCCUCCUCCCCCCGCGUUCAGGGACCCCACUCCUCCGAGCAGGCAGCAGUGCCCUCGCACCCUGCCCCCCCUCCCCAAGCACCCCUGCCCCCUGUACCUCUUGGUUCAGCGGGACAUCACCCUUCUGUCUCUACUUCUACUACAAGUUCCCAAGCUUCUGCGCUUAAAGGCCCGUCUUUGGAGGAGAAACUUGUUUCCUCGUGUGAUUUAAGCGCAUCCAAACAGGCCCAGGUUCACUUUAAAUCCUCCCAGCCUUUGGCUGAGAUGGGCCACAAAGCACCGGUCUCUGCCCAUUUUCAGCCCAGCACGAAGGCGAGAAACUGGGGCAUUGCCGACAGUAACCUGAGAGCUGUCUUCACUGUGGAAGCACCACCACCUCCCCCGCAGCCUGCUUCCACACCAGCAAAGGCGCCGCCACCGGCAAACGAAACCGAUUUGACCUUUGAAGAAAGUGGCGUGGGGGUGUACCCUCAGCAGGAGGCUAUCCAGCCAAUGGUGCCUGGCUGGCUCUACAAUGACAGUCUCGUUCCAGACCUGUUUAAGAAGGUGCUGGAGAUCACAAUGACUCCUUCGGGAAUCGACACAGCGAAGCUCUACCCCAUUCUGAUGUCCUCGGGCCUGCCCAGGGAGGCGCUGGGGCAGAUCUGGGCGUCCGCCAAUCGCACGACUCCGGGGAAGUUGACGAAGGAGGAGCUGUACACUGUGCUGGCUAUGAUUGGUGUAACACAGAGGGGUCUCCCAGCUAUGAGCCUUGAUAUCCUGACCCAGUUCCCCUCUGCCCCUGUGCCCAACCUGCCCGGGCUGGCGCUGGUGAUGCCCGGAGUCAUGCAGCAGCAGCAGCAGCAGCAUCAGCAGCAGCCCAUGCUGUCCAUGCCCCCUGUGCCCCAGCCAGCCGUGUCCAUGCCUCUCUCCACAGCGCAGCCUGUCCUGGGUGUGAACCUCCCCGUGCAGGCAGGGGUCCUGAGCACACAGGUGUCCCCUGGCUUCAUGCCUUCAUUCCCCUCCAACACCCAGGCAUCCGAACCUGACGACGAUGAUUUCCAGGACUUUCAGGAGGCUCCCAAGGCUGGCUCUGCCAAUGAUUCCUUCACCGAUUUCCAAGGGGAGUCGAGCGGAGCCUUCCCCAUAGCGGCACGCACUCAGCCGCAGAACAGCGCCCUAGCAUUGCUGACUCCGAUAUCUGGAUCAUCCACACCGGCCUCUUCUGAUAAGUAUGCUGUGUUUAAGCAGCUGUCUGUGGAGAGACCUGGGGAAACGGCUGUCCCUGUUCCAGAUUAUGGUGAUAAAUACAGUGUUUUCAGAGCGCUGGAACAGCCCCCCGAUAUCAAACCUAUAGGGGAGGGAUUUGCAGACUUCAAGUCCGCUGGAGGCGAUGAUGGCUUCACAGACUUUAAAACAGCCGACAGCAUAUCCCCACUAGACCCCCCGGAGCAAGCCAAGAUCUUCCAGCAAACCUUCCCUCCUCCUUUCCUCCAAACGCAGCCUCUACAACAACAACCACAACCACACAACUCAACGGCAACUCUUCCUCCAUCCAAACCCUCCCUGAACAUGGCAGAUUUGGACCUCUUUUCCUCUCUGGGAGGCCCUGCUGCCAGCACCACUGCCGAGACUAAGGCUCUGUCGUUUCCAGCCCCCUCGACUCUUGCCUCCAGCCUCCCCCCUUUGGCAGCCCCUUCCUCGGGGGCAGGCAGGAAAGCUCUCGGCGGGGCAGAUGAUUUUGGUGACUUCGCCCUCUUCGGCUCCUCUUCUUUGGGGGUCAGCGCGCCGAGCGCCGGGGUCGCCCACGUCCAGGACGACUUCGCAGACUUCAUGGCCUUCGGGAGCGCGUCUUCAUCCGGAGUGCCAGAGCAGAAGACGGCGGAGGAGAAACCAAGCGAAAAUAACUCCAGUGUGGGAGAGACCCCCCUGCAGCAGCAGCAGCAGACAUCCUCUGACAAAUACGACAUUUUCAAAAGGCUCUCCUUGGAAGGCUCCACGACGACCUUGGGCUUCGAGGACGCCAAGGAGAGCCUCUCUGCAGGCCUUGCUUCCGCUUCAUCGGUGGUCAAAGGAGACGCGGACGACUUUGCAGACUUCCACUCUUCCAGGUUCUCGUCAGCCCUGGGUGCCUCUGAGAAGAGCCUGGUGGACAAGGUGGCCGCCUUCAAGCAGGCCAAGGAGGACUCUGCCUCGGUCAAGUCUCUGGACCUCCCGUCCAUCGGGGGCAGCAGCGCGGGGAAGGAGGACUCUGAAGACGCCCUCUCCGUCCAGCUGGACAUGAAGCUGUCUGACCUCGGAGGGGAUCUCCAGCACGUCCUGUCGGACAGCUCUCUCGACCUGCCAGUGGUCAGCGGGCACCAGCCCCCCGCAGCAGAGGUGGACGACUUCAAGUUUGACCCCUUCGGUACCUUCAGCGCUGGCGACUCUGCGGUGAGCAGCCUUGCGAGCUUCGAUUGGUCAGAACGGGAGGAGCCGGCGACCAUUCAGAGCAAGAAACCUCAGCCCAGCUUCUUCACCUCGGAGGGCAGCCCUGCAUCCGCCACCUCUGUCCUGCAGAAGAAAGAGACUUCCUUCGGCAGCGCGGAGAACUUCGCCGUGACAACCAGCGGCAAGGUGCGCGCCUUCACGAGCGAGGAGGCGUCGAGCGCCAGCACUGCGGAGGGGCAGUUUGACGCCUUCCCGGAUUUCGGGACAAAGGGCCAGGGUGAGGAGGAGGAGGAGGAAGAGGAUGAUUUUGGGGAUUUCGCCAGCACAGUCUCUGAGAAGUCCGACACAGCCCCCGUCUCUGGAGAUCCGGGCUCGGACACCGCCCAGCCGGACGACUUCGGAGCCUCCCAAGCGGACAAGCCCAAGUUUGGCAAGUUUGACUUCCUCAUGGCCAGCUCCCAGGCCAAAGUGAAGUCCAGCGAGGAGAUGAUCAGGAGCGAGCUGGCCACUUUCGACCUUUCAGUGCAAGGGUCUCAUAAAAGGAGUCUAAGCCUGGGGGACAAAGAGAUCAGCCACUCCACUCCGUCCCCAGCCCCGGAGCAGCCCUUCAGAGACAAGUCCAACACGCUGAGCGAGAAACCAGCCCUGCCAGUCAUCAGAGACAAAUACAAGGACCUGACCGGGGAGGUGGAGGAGAGCGAACGCUAUGCAUAUGAAUGGCAGAGGUGUUUGGAAAGUGCUCUGCAGGUCAUUAAUAAAGCCAAUGACACCCUGAAUGGGAUCAGCAGCUCUUCUGUUUGCACUGAAGUCAUCCAGUCCGCCCAAGGAAUGGAGUACCUCUUGGGAGUGGUGGAGGUGUACAGAGUAGUGAGGCGCGUUGAGCUGGGGAUCAAAGCGACGGCCGUGUGCAGCGACAAACUACAGCAGCUCCUGAAGGACAUCAACCGCGUGUGGCACAACCUGAUUGGGUUCAUGUCCCUCGCAAACCUGUCGCCUGACGAGAGCUCCCUGGACUUCUCCUCUUGUAUACUGCGCCAUGGGAUCAAGAACGCCAAGGAGCUGGCCUGCGGAGUCUGCUUGCUCAGCGUGGACUCCAGGAGCAAGACGUCAGGUUUGCCAUUGUUUACCUUGGUCUUAAACGCUUUGCAGAAGGAAGACAAAGCUAAGGAACGACCCCCUAAAAAUGCUUUCAGCUCGGAAACGGACAGCUUCAAGUUGAUGUACGGGGGUCACCAGUAUCACGCCAGCUGUGCCAAUUUCUGGAUUAACUGCGUUGAGCCCAAACCGCCAGGCCUCAUCCUGCCUGACCUGCUCUGAGCUGCUGCUGCCAUGGCAACCAGCAGAGCUCCUAGACAGAGGCCUGUGGAGAGCCAAACCACAAGGCUGUGGACGUGAAGUCUCCGUCGAUCGCUCAGACCAACUGCUUUCCAUUAACCUCCCAGAGCUUGUGUUUUAGGACUUCAUUACAGAAGCUGGGAAUUGGAGCAAAGUGCUUUUUUAUAUAGGCUCUUUUUUUCCUUUUCUGUUGUCGUCCCACCUGCCCUCUCAUUAUCCACUGCCUAGGCCAGUGUACUCAAGUGUUGUCUUUUUUUAGUUUUGUUUUUUGACUAUGGGCACAUUUGUGUUAUUCCUCAUAAGGUCGAGGGUAUGAUCAUUUCUCUAAUUUGCUACUUAUUCCAAAAUAAGAAUUUAAAAGGACAUUAUCCCUUUCAGUCCUGAAUUUUGUCGAGCUGAAGAAUGCAAAAUGAAGUUGUGUAAUUAAAAUAUUGCGUAUACAUGAGCACGGGACAAAAUGGGUUUUUUUCCAUCUAUUUCUACACUAACUCGGACCUAGGAGUCCCAUGAGGUUCCAGCGUCAUUUCCCAGGGCUUAUGUUAAUGUACUGGGACCUUGAGGUCCUGCCAGGAUUGAAAGGGUUAAAGUACAGGUUUAUCCAAUGCCACAAAAGCAGAGCUUGAGAACACAGUAAUAGAUUGUAAUGAGUGUUAUUCCCCUACCGACUGAAGGAUGGAAAUAGGACUCCCAUUGCAUAGCAGUUUGAUCCAUUCCCUGGUUUUACUGUGAGUUUAAUAAGACACCACCUGAGCUUUGUUACCUGUACAUACUGUGGCUAAUCAAGCUUCUAGUAAAACCUGGAGUGGGUGAAACUGCUGUGCAAUAGGAAUCAGAAACUAGCCUUGAAACUAGAGCAUCAGAUUUUGAUCAUUUUUUAUUUUUGUUGUUGAAGUAAACUGCAAAAUCUUUCUACUCUCCUUGAAUUGUGUUUAAAGUUUAAUACGGUCAAAAUAGUCUUGGGAGGAAAAGUGACUUAAUUGACUUUUGGUAAAUAUUGAUGAAAGACAAGAAUGUAAAUGCAUCCAAGAAGCUUUUCAGUAGGUGUAUUUAAGCAGCUGUAACACAAUGAGGGAUUAUUAACUUCAUUUAUUGUGGCUUUGUUGAUACCAAAUCUAACCUCAGCCACACAAACCAAAAAACCAAUGGAAAAAAAAAAGAAUAUUCUAAUAUACUGAACUGAUUUAUCAAAGAAUAUGUGGUGUUGUGUUAAUUGAUUGACCUUUAUGUGAAAUCUUACGUUGCUAUAAUUCCACACUUUUUUUUUUUUUCCAGAUUUAAGAUCUGGGUAUCUCUAAAUGCAGUGCCGUAUUUAUUUAUUUCUUGUGUGUGAAAACUGUGAACUGGAAUAGGAUAAGGGACAUUCUGUUGUAAUGUUUAGACUGUUCUCAGAAGAGAAGUAGUUUCUGUGUGCGUAUAUAAUGUGAUUUUGUGUGGAGGGCUGCUGUUAUCCCUGGUGCAGUAUCAUCAACCUUCUUUUUGGUGCAUUCUGUGUUAUUUGUACACUAAACUGUGUUGCUUUUACAAAGUCUUUCUCCUGCCCUGAAGUUCAAACUUUGCUGUCAUUUAACAUUGCCCCAAUUGCAUUCAUAUCUGUGGGGGUUUUGGGGUACCUGCGCACCCCUAAUUCUCAACGCUUUCAUCCCUGAUAUUACACACAAACCUAUAGCCCUUAUUUGUGUACUGUAUGCCUAGUUUCUGUACAUCACCAUAUACUCGUAUCUACUGCUAGAUCUGUGUGCACUGUUCCACAUUUCUGUUUAUCAGCAGGGUUGGGAAAACUAAUAAACUGGUUUUGGAAUGAAA